AUGGCCAAGAAAGCACCUUCGAAACACUCCCGGGCGGCGCGCCGGGCAACCUCGCCCAGCAUCAACACGGACAAGUCGCUGAAGGAGGUACGGCUACCUGAGCAGUCGAUAAAUCAGCGACCGGCCGUGCUGGCCGCGCACCACCACGCCGGCGUCUCCAAGAAGCAGAAGCACCGCAAGAGCCACAUGACAUCCAAGAUGCGCAAGCGACAGGAGAAGAGCAUGGAUCGAGCCGAGGCCGUCAUGGACCGGACGGCCAAGAAGACAGAGAAGAGCUUCGGCCAGGCCAAGACGGUCGAGGGCCGGAGGAAGGCUUGGGAUGAUAUCAACGCCCAGGCACUUGGGACAGCGGCCAACGGGGAGAAGAAGUCCAAGAAACAGCUCGCGGCCGAGGCGGAGCAGGCAGAGGUCGACAAGUUCUUUGCUAAUGACGAUGAUGAUGCCGCCAUGGGGAAUGCCCCUGUUGAUGGGAUUGUGUCAAGAUUCGAUGCGAUUUCUGAAAAUGCGCAACCAGCAACAGCAGCAACAGGCGACGAUGACGAAAUGUUGUGA